AUGACAGAGGAACAAAUUUACAGAGAGUUUGCAUCAAACUGCAAGUUUACAUUGAUUUCAGCACUAGACUUUGCAAUAAGCUAUUUGAUCAUGGGAAUUUAGAAGUAAAUCCCAUGUAGAUUUGAAGAAAAAAAAACCACCACUUUUUUGUAUCCAGAAAUUUAAAAAAAUAUAUAUUUUAAGUUCUAAUGAAAUGAAUGAACACUUCUGUGUUUGCAUCUGUGAGAAGACUUCCUGUGAUAACAUGAUUUUAAAUUAACACCUUUGAGAUGAUUUUUCCCCCAUUUCUCCCCAUUGAAAUGCUGCUGGGUUGUGAUGUAUCGGUAAAAAAAAAAAAAAGAAGAAAUCAUCACUGAUGUAUGUAAAUAAUUUCAAGUAGUGCCUAUAAAAAUAUAUGUCGUAAAAAAUAUUUACAAUAUCUUAAAUGGGCCAACACUUUUACACUUUUAAAAUCUGUAUUGUCAGCUUGAUUGGAACCAAAAAUAUAGCCUGGUAUCGUUUUUUUAAUCAUUUAAAUAACAACAACAUUAAACCCACUGCCUACUCCCGAAAGACUUCUAAUUCAAUACUGAAGUUUGAUGUACUUUUUUAAAAUUUCUUCUGGUACCUUCUCAGACCAAGUAACACCGGCUACGUCAGUGUUCACGUACGCCAGCGGCAUGAGUGCAGACAACUACACCCAGGCAGAUUUCACACCCGUGUUCAGAAGCUCCCUAAAUCCCAGUGCAGACCUCUUGAAAACGGCCACGGACUUUUGCGCGGGUGGUCAUGAGAUGUGCGUCUAUGAUUACUUGGUGACGGAAGACGCACGUUUUGCUGAGAACACCAAAACAACACAG